CGGAAGUACAAUCUGUAGUUCGAACAACAACCCUAGAGCGAAAUGCGUCAUCUGGCGGACUUUUGCCGGCAAAUGAGCGGGGAGCUCUGGUGCAGGCAACAUGGAGGGAAGUUGAACAUUGUUCAUUUGCAUAUACUACCCACAUUGUAAUGAUACAAAGCUGGUUGAAAAUCGGCAAAGUUUCCCUUUUUAAGACAAAAUUUACAAUGGGAGAUGGAGAAAAGAAACAAAUCCUCACAUUUAAGAAGCUGGAACCAGCAAUUGUUUGACAUUUUUGCUUGAAAAACUACUUAAACAAUUAAUCGGUUAGCGAAAUAGUUCACAAUUAUAUUUCGUUAUGAUUGACUAAUUGAGUAAUUGAUCAUUUCCGCUCUAAUCAGUUUUUUUUUCUUUUCUGUCCAUUAUGGGUGGGUAGCUAUUUUAUCAAUGUUGGCUUCUGAAGAGAUGUUCUAAAUGCAUUUUUAAAAGGUGAAGAAAAAAAAAGGCUCCUGUAUGUUUACAGAUUAUUUUUUAUGUUGCUCGGCCUCUGUGGUCGAGUUGCUUGGCAGAGAACUCUGACACACAUGAGAGUUGACACACACAUUGUAUUUACACAAUAAUAUCUGAUUAGGGAGUCUUUUUUUUUUUUUUUUUUCCUGGUCUAUAGGUUUGCACACAAAUAUACCACUCUAGCAGUCUUUUCAGGUAGCCUGCACUGUCAAGUGUAUUUACACAUGGAAUUGAAAUUAAUGGGGGGGAAAUACAUUCUAUACAACAAAAUUAUACAUUGGAAAAACAGGCAUACAAUUAAGACUAAAGACAUUAAGUCGGACAUAUUGAUAUAAGCUGUAUAAAAACUUCUCUAAAAUUAACAUUUGGCAACAAUUCAGCCUGUCUCAUAUAGUGAAGUCCACUUUGUCGAUUUUCAACCCAUUUCUAUGUAUUGGUCCUAAUAUGAUGUGCUAAUGCACCUUUACCCUUAUCAAUAUUUUCUGUAUUUUGUCAGAAACCUAGGAAAAUGGCAAUUUCUUUCUGAUAUUUGGCCUGUGAUUGUAUUAUUAGAUGUAUUUCUUCAAGUUGAAGAAAGUAUUGACAACUCCACUGAUGUAUCUAAGCAUGUCAAUAAGGAUUACCUCACAUUUCUGAUGUGUGAUUCUGCUCUCAGAUCUCACACCAGUCGCCUACUAGCCAUCUUAAUAUCUAAAGGCAUCUCACAUAACCUGAUAUAAGUUUAUUCUUGAUGUAAGCUGGAAUUGACAAUUCUGCUUGUUUGACCAGUAACUACAAGCCCAUAUACUGUAUCCAUGCAUGGAUAUUGGCACUCAGCUAGUACCCAUGCAUAGAUGUCACCACUGGUGCAUAACUCCUAUCACCUUACAACGUCAAAAAAUCAGAGCUAUCCCUUUAAUGACAGGAUUUCAGAUAAUUGCUUAUUGUCAGUGUAGCUGAAAAGACAUCCCAAAUGCAAACAAAGUUUCUAAGUGCUAUAUACAAAUAUAAUUACCAAUUGUUGUGACAUAAUAACCUAAUUAAACACCUGUGUUGUGGUCAGUGUAUCAACAUUGCUGCCCGGUCUUGCAGUUGCAUCACUGCAGUUAGCUGUGUCCCUGUGCGCUGUGUCGUUCUUAGUUGUAUCAGUAUCAGCUGCAUGUGAAGUGAUGUUCCAACAAUGCCGAUAGUGGAUAAACUCAAGGAGGCAUUAAAACCUGGUCGAAAGGAGACGGGUGAUGAGGGCGACCUCAACAAACUGUUGGCCUCUUCUGCCAAGAAGGUCCUGUUGCAGAAGAUAGAGUUUGAGCCUGCCAGCAAGGGUUUCUCCUAUCAACUGGACACCCUGAAGAACAAGUAUGUGAUCCUCAAUCCCAGGAAUGAGGGCGCUACGGGCCAGAAGGCCAUAGAGCCUGCCCAAAUAAAGAGGCAAGUCUCAGAGAACGUGGUUGGCGGCCAGAGCGAUGGGAUCCCUGCCCCACAGAAGAUGCUCUUUCCAGGGAACAAGCUUACCCUUAAAUGGGAGCGUGUGUACAGGGUGGGAGCCGGUCUCCACAACCUAGGGAACACCUGCUUCCUCAACUCCACAGUGCAGUGUCUCACCUACACCCCGCCACUUGCCAACUACUUACUCUCAAAGGAGCACAGCCGUGCCUGUCACCAGUCAGGCUUUUGUAUGAUCUGUAUAAUGCAGAACCAUAUCAUCCAAGCUUUUGCCAACACAGGCAAUGCCAUCAAGCCUGUCUCCUUCAUCAGAGACCUGAAAAAAAUUGCCAGACAUUUUCGCUUUGGAAGCCAGGAGGACGCCCAUGAAUUUUUGCGGUACACCAUCGAUGCCAUGCAGAAAGCCUGUCUCAAUGGCUACCCUAAGCUUGAUAGGCAGACCCAGGCCACAACACUGGUUCACCAGAUCUUUGGAGGGUACCUCAGGUCAAGAGUGAAAUGCUCUAUUUGUAAAAGUGUGUCCGACACAUAUGACCCUUACCUGGACAUCGCUGUGGAGAUUCGGCAAGCAGCAAACAUUGUGCGAGCCCUGGAACUGUUUGUUAAACCAGACGUACUAAGUGGAGAGAAUGCCUACAUGUGUGCCAAGUGCAAAAAGAAAGUGCCAGCGACCAAGCGUUUCACAGUCCAUCGAACAUCUAAUGUACUGACGGUUUCACUGAAGAGGUUUGCCAACUUCAGCGGAGGAAAGAUAACAAAGGAUGUUGGUUACCCAGAAUUUCUGAACAUUCGCCCCUACAUGUCUCAGAGCUCAGGCGAUCCUGUUAUGUACGGCCUCUAUGCUGUUCUGGUGCACUCUGGCUACAGUUGUCACGCUGGCCACUACUACUGCUAUGUCAAGGCAAGCAACGGACAAUGGUACCAAAUGAAUGAUUCAAUGGUGCACUCUAGUAACAUCAAAGUGGUCUUGAACCAGCAGGCUUAUGUGCUUUUCUACCUGAGGAUCUCUGAAACCAAGAAGAAUGCAGAUGGACAGACCUCAAAGCAGGGGAUGUUGCAUCCUGUCAAGAACAGUGUUUCGUCUGAACAGAUAAAGAGGGCCAACCUGAACGGGCCGCUCUCCUCCCCGCAGGUCACAAAGAAACUCGAGCCUGCACAACUGCGUAAGAUCCAGUCCAUGGAUGGUGGUUUGGGCUUGCCCAUUUCCAGGAACGGUGUGAGCUCGCAGCCACAGCCCAGACUUUCCAACUGGACGUCAUCCUCCAAUGGCCCACCGAAGCUGCCAGGUGGUCCCACGGUUAUCGAGGAACCUUUCAAGAAGCUGAAGAAACCCUCUCCCCAGAAGCAAGUGCAGUCCCGCAGCAGCACUCCGACUCCUUUCAACAACGGGUUGAGUAGGACGGAGGCAGAUAAAAAGCAAGGUGGCGAGGGCAGAGGCAUGGCAGCGUCUACCUCAUUUAAGUCUUUGUCUGACUCUUCCUCUGCCGACACCACUGAUUCAAAGGACUCCGUGGGUACCAAAAGUGCGCCAGUAGGAGGGACUCCCUCCACCCCACGGAAAGGCUCUAAUGGCUUGGCGUCUCCAGCCAGGAGCGUGGAGCGCUCUCAGAGCACAGAGGAGCAGAAGACGGCGAAAAUAAAAACCCCGGCCCUCAACAACAUCACGUCUGAAGCCACCAGCACCAUGUCACCUCCACCUGCCAAGAAACUGGCCCUGUCAGCCAAGAAGGCUCGCAGCCGGAAUCCGAGCAGCAUUGAUGCUCUGCCCCCUUUGCCACGCCAGCUGUCCAGUGACCCCACGCAUCAAAAUCAACUUAACCCCCUCACCUUUGCCUCACAUACUCACAGAGCUGUUCCAUUCCAUUCAUCUAAAGUCCAGUCAUCGCAGCCUUUAGCCCACUCAAGUGGAUCCUUCAAACAGCAGAGCCCUCAGAAACAGUCCCUUCUCGCUACACUGCAAAAACCAAACGCCAGCCUUUCUCUUAAAACCAACGGGCUUCACAGUGCCAGCCCAAAGAGCCCCAAGUCUUCCAACAACCUCAGCUCCUUGAUCCAAGAACCAGACCUCAACAGCCCUCCAGCUCAAAAGGUCAACCAAAAGAAGAAGAAGAAGAAGAAGAAAAGGAAGCGGCGACAUUCUGAGGUGGAGGGAGACGCAGAGCCAGUCUCAUCCCCGGCUACAGCGACACAGUUCAACCUCGUGGAAUCAGUUAGUGAGAAAAAGAGGAAGAAGAAAAAGAAAAAGCGAAAGAGGGAGAAUGAGGAUGGAGAGAAAACGAAGGAGAGGGAGUGUGUCCCGUCUCAUCUGGACACAUCAAACCAGGAAGAGGAUUGGUGUCAGGGUGGCAUAUGGAGUCUUACAUCCCAUCCAGAUACAGAACAGUGUAAGCAAAAGCUUCAGUUAGCUGCCACAGGCCCACCACAGUGUGAGUCCAAUCAGAACAAACAGGGAAGGGACUCUGUAAAGCUGAAGAAGAAGAAGAAGAAAAAGAAGAUGCAACUGGUGGAGGCUCUGCAAGACACAACUUCAACAUGCUCUGCAUCAGAAAGCACCUUUGAGAUGAAGGCCACAGAAGCCGGUCAGAAUGAUACAGGAGAUUUGAUAAUGUUGAAAAAGAAAUUAAAGAGGAAGAAGAAGAGGCUAAAAGAAGAGGUGAAACUGUGGGAGGAGAGCAGGCGAUGCUCAGAUGGGCGGAACGAUGAGCUUGAAGCAGUGGAGCCCACCACCAAAAAGAACACCACAGAGAACGGCAAAAUAAGUAAACAAGGCACAGCCACAGUGGUAGUGUGGGACAGCCAAGUGAAGGACGGCUACAAACGCAACCAGGCGCCAGCGGCUGAUGCAAAUGCGUCAGGAGACACCCCAACCCGUGAUGCUCCUUUAUCCUGGGAUGGGAAAAAGACAAGUGGGGUGGUAGAGGAGCUGCUCAGGAACGCCACAGAUAAGGCCUACGGAGCCAACGUCCUCAGUUGGGAUGGAGAGGUCUCUGCUAUUAGUAGAGAUGCUGCUGAAGAUGUCCGCCAUGCUAAGUGUGACACUGUGAUCGAUGAGUGGGAUGAAGACUUUGACAGGGGAAAGGUGAAAAAAAUGAAAAACUAUAAAAGAGAGAAGUGGAGAAGUGGCAGCAGCAUCUUCCAGAAGAUCCAGGACAGGCGGAACAAGUGGUCUGUAACACCCGGAGGGAAGAGAGUUUUUGGAGUCCGUCGCUGAGAGUCCAAAUUACUGUUGAGGUCAUGCUGACAGGAAAUCGAGACAAACAAUACUGUAUACCAAACGUCUGUACUUUUUCUCACUCUUUAGUUUGUUUUUUUUUUUAAAUCUCUCUGUCUUGUGUUAAGUCUAGACCCAAAUUCCUGAAUUAGAUAUGAGCCAAAAGCAGCACAGACUACACUGACAGUCUGACUGACAGCCCCUCCAAUCUCAAUUUUAAACGAACAUAAUAUGUUGUCUCCAGGCUUCAGUAACAUUGGCCAGUAGGAUUUGACUCAUAUUGACUCAUUGAACUCAUAUCCCCUUUUUAAUUCAAAUACAGCAGUGAGUGACUCAAGCUUUUCUAUGCAGGCAGUAUUUAACAGAAACUUACACCUCCAUGUCAAAUGAAUUACUGUAUGUUGGCAUCCUUUGAGCCUUGGUUUUUGACCCAACAAUCUUGAGCUACUACGAAAUUAAAUAGUUUACCAUAUUUGAGAAGGUUAGGUUAAGAAUGAGGAAGUAUAUCUGCAAUACUGUAGCUGUCUUGUGUUGAAAACUGUACACAAUCUUAGAGCAUACAUUUGCAGACAAAAGGGCUCAGUAAGUUGAACAUUAACAUUUUUUUUUUUUUUACCCUUCUCCUGAAAUUAUUCUAUACCAAAUUACAAAGAUCCAAAAUUGUUUAUUCAUUAAAACAUAUAUUAUUAUUUUAGAUUUCUGUAUACUUUUCUUAUUUUAUACCUUCAUCUGCCGUCAUUUUAUUUUGCUGCAGUGUCUGUGCCAUGUGGCUUGUUUUUAAGGACCAGAUUUUGCCUGCAUAUUGUUGGUAAAAUGAAGGUUUAAAAUUGCCACCAUUUUUUAAACAUGCAUGUCUAAACUGGUUGAAGAAUUUACUAUGGUGAAUUUUGAUUUUAAUUCUGCUAUCUUCUUAUGUACCCUUUUUUUGUUCCUCAACAAAUGCAUUUUAUUUCAGAUUUAAUGUUAACACAUUGUAUUCCACAAAAGAAUGCUCUGCUGAUUUGUAUAAACAGUUUAACUGUUUGUGGAAGUGUGGACAUUGACAAACAAUACAUUGAACGCUGUAAGUUUCAUCAUAUCUGAAUGUUUACCUGGACAUUAUUGUUUUCUGACACCUCACAGUGCAAAGUGCAUUUGCAGACUAGAGAUCGGGGGUUUUUGGAGGAACUCAGAUGGGAGGAGUUGUUUCCUACUGUGCAGCUAUUUAACUGUGUAGCUCACCUCAUCAGUCCAACGUUCAGAAAGCUCUCAGUCUGGAGAUUUGACCUUUCCAUUCUCUGUAACAAACCUCGCCACCAACUGUUCUUUACCAAUGUACUGAAAUAAAAGGGUUACAUUUUAUACUAAAGGCACUGUGUUAGAAUGGGACUGCCACAUGCUAAUAAUUUCUUUCCCCCUUGUAUCUUAUAUCUCUAUGCAAUUUUCUGACGGUCAUGCUGGUCAUCUAGAAACUGGGCUAAGACUCAGGAACCCAGACAUCCUGUAUCCUGUCCUCGACUCUGAUCAGACUCCCCCGUUUCAUAUCAGAGUAGUCCCUCACCCUGGACAACCAUUUUGCAUCCUGUACAUCCUGUAGAAACUGUUUUAUACAAAGUACUUCAGGUGUUGAAACAAUGGGAUCAUCUUGCACCAAUUCUGGCACAGAUGCAUAGAGAAACUAACGUUAUAACAAAAUGCUUUGCCAAUGUAGAAGAUUGUACAGUCCAUCUUGUGCUACCUGUUACCCUCCAACGCUGUAAAGAUUUGCCCUUGCAUUUCUUUUCAUUCUAGAGAUGUUGCCUUGAAUUGGCUAUAAAAAAGCAUAGGAUUUAAUGUUAUAAACAUAUAAUUUAAAGAAGAAAAGACAGAUCUUUUAAUGUGCUACUAAUACUCAGAUCAGUUGGUGGAUGUUAACUUGAGAAUUAAUCUGCAAAUGUGUUAGUUCAUUUGUGUAUAAGAGAGUUUUCACGCAAGACCUUCCCUAUGUCACUGUAGUGUGUACAGUACAAGAGAGGCUACGGCAGUCUAAUUUCCAUAGGUUGUGUUUGUCGGCUGUGAAAUCAACGUAGGGUGUGACUCUCAAACUGACACAGAGGAACAUUUACCAAUGUGAAUGGACAGUCGACAUGUUUGCAUUGAUGGUUCUAUAUUUCGCACCACCUUUUCUGACCAGGGAAGAGACCUUUCAUAAUGAAAGUGGCUCUUACCACACUAUAGUUAACUAUAAAGGUGCAAUAAAGUUGUGACUUUUGUGA